AUGGCAUCAGCACCCGAAACUGAGGUUUCUGUAAAGCCAACGGCUCAGCUACAUGUAUUAUUACAUCAAGACCAAGAUUUAACAUCCAAAAUACAACCUGAGAAGCAUGAGUAUACAUACGCUGAUGGUCUCUUAACGGCACGACAGAUCCUCUUUGUUGGACCUCUAUGUACCGCCAUGUUCACCAAUCAAGUUGGCCUAGGAAAUACACUGGCCACAGUGAAUUUGAUUAGGGAGUCGUUUGGCAUCACAAACCAAGGUCAGCUAUCUUGGCUUAUAGCUGGGAAUAGUCUGACUAUCGGGUACACUUAUUCUCAUUGGCGGAAAAUUGGGCGACGACUGGUACUCGCUGUGGUCUCUCGUAGCAGGCCUCCCAGUGUAUUCGUCGCUUGUUCUUUUUGUUUUGGCGCGUGUAUUCUAGGGCAUGGGUCCCGCAUUGACGUUACCAAAUGGACUCACGAUUUGGGACAAUCGUACUCCCCCGGACCACGCAAAAACAUGUCCUUCGCUUGGGUCUGUGCAGCAGCACCAUUUGGAGCCAUUGCUGGCUUUCUAUUUGGGGGUCUUUUUGUUCUCGCUGAGGUUGCGGCCUUUUCUUCCUGGACAAUUCCGCAUUUGCCAGGGGUUACUGGUGUCAGAGCUUUGGUAUUGUUCAAUCUUGCAUGGGACCAGGCUGCUGUGGCCGGGUGGAAGGAGCCCUACGCUUAUGUCUGUCUGGUUAUUGUUUGCUGGGCAAAAUCACCAAUCCUUCCCCUCUCCGCAUUCAACUCAGAUAUCGCCUUUGUCUUUGCCUGCACAGCAACAGGAUGGGCUUGCGGUGGGAUAUGGGCUCUCUAUAUUCUGGAAGUUGCAAUCAAGAUUAGAAAUAACACUCCAUUCCAAAUGGCAGCGUGGUUCAUUGCCGUUAUUCCAGUUUUAAGCAAGAAUAUCCCCGCAUCAUGGAUAAUGGCUAUAGGGCAAACUGCCUACCUUGCUGUGUCAAUUCUAACGGCAGUCCGACGUCCAGACUCGACCUAUUGGACAUAUUUCUUUUUUAGUGUCCUGAUCAUCACCGUCAGUAUAGACAUAUCAUUCUCUGCCGCCACCAUUAUUUUCUCGAAUGCGAUACCGCGGCAGUAUCAGGGUAUGGGUGCUAGCAUAGUCAUGACUGUCAUCAACUAUAACAUUUCUCUGGGCCUGAGAUUCGCCGGUACCAUUGAGACUAACAUCAACGGCGGCAGAAUCAAGAAAGCUGAUUGGCUGCUCGGUUACCGUGGUGCCUUAUGGUUUUCGGUUGGGUUAGCAGUCCUUGGGUUGGCCCUUAGUUUUAUCUCUGUCAUGAAAGGGCACUAG